UGUAAAUAUACAGUAUAAGGUUAAAGGCCCCGGUAUCGUUUCCACCACUCCACCAAUGCUGUUCCUCAUCUUUUAGCCUUUAUUUUUACUACUACUACUAUUACUUCUGUUAGAAGAGUAGUUUGAUCUAUAACCACCAUCGGUUUAAAGGAAAUAUCACAAAUACUUUUUCAUUAUUUACAAAAUCUUUACCCCCUAUACAGUAUAUGUUGAUAUACAUACAAUAUAUUACAUAAUAAAUAUUUAAUAUUAUAUGUUGUCACUUGCUGCUCAUCACAUAAUCUUAUGUUCAUCUUAUAUCCAAUAUUGGUUGAUUGUCACUGGAAUAACAAGUAGGAUAAAGAUAAACUAAAGAACUGAGAAAUAUGUUUUUCCUUUUUCAUUGAAAGAUCCUCUAGAGUAAAAAGACUCAUUUAUGCAUAGGAUUAUUAUUAGAAGGCAAACUAAUCAGCAUUUACAGAUCAGAGGAGGAAAACCAUCAUGUAAUACAUAGGAUGGACAAGAGUCACGGAGGUUAUAAGACAGAGAUUGUUGGUGAGAGCAGCCAGAGCUCAGCAGCUUCUCUCUGAUGAUGGAGGAGGAGGCUGUGCUCUGUUUUCCACAGCUCAACACAUCGUGCUGGAAACCAAAGCGUCCUCGCUCUCAUUCUGUGCUCACCUACAUCCUGCUGUCCUGCAUCUCUCUGCUUACUGUGACUCUCAACCUGCUGGUCAUCAUCUCUAUCUCCCACUUCAAGCAGCUUCACACUUCCACCAACUUCCUGCUCCUGUCUCUGGCUGUGUCUGAUUUGCUUGUGGGCCUUAUUAUGCUGUUUGAAGGAAUGGUGAUAGACGGCUGUUGGUACCUCAGUGACAUCAUGUGUACUAUGUACUAUGUUUUACAGUACAUUGCCACAUGCUCCUCAGUUGGAAUCAUGGUGCUCAUAUCAGUUGACCGCUAUGUGGCUAUUUGCAACCCUUUGCAUUAUUCCACCAAAGUCUCUCCUAGAAGAGUUAAAAUCCUGAUUCCACUGUGUUGGAUUUGUUGUAUGCUGUUUGUUAGUUUGCAGAUGAAGGAGAAUCUGAAACAAACUGGGCAGUUUAAAUCCUGCGUUGGAGAGUGUGUGAUCGUUUUUAACAUGUUGGAGCAGGUCGCAGAUCUCGUCUUGAUGUUUAUUCUUCCCAUCUCGGUUAUCGUAGUUCUGUAUGUGAGGGUGUUUGCGGUGGCGCUGACGCAGGCUCGUGCCAUGAGGACUCUUAUCAUGGUCGCCUCACGCCAGCAUUCAGUGGGAGUCACAGCUAAGAGGGGAGAGGUAAAAGCAGCCAGGACUCUGGGAGUGGUUGUUGCUGUCUUCCUGUUGUGUGUCUGUCCGUUGUACUGUGUCUCACUCGCAGGCCAGGACACCUUGUUCGAUGUCUCAUCUGCUUCCUUUGUCAUCUGUCUGGCCUACUUCAACUCCUGCUUAAAUCCUCUGGUCUAUGCGUUGUUUUACCCCUGGUUUAGAAAAUCUGUCAGGCUUAUUGUUACACUUCAGAUUCUAAAGCCUGGCUCCUUUGAAUCAAAUAUAUUGAAAUGAGGCAUGGGCGG